CUGAAUAAAUACUUCUGGGGAGUAGGGUGCGGAUGGUUGCUGCAGGCGUGGGACGCCUAAUUGUGGUUAACGAGAGACAAAUGAGCCUCGCAGGCAGUUCAAACGAGGUGCGUCAGGUUACAUAUUGUUCACCGUGACCCCUAUUCGUGAAUGCCAAAAAAGAAUCCAAAGUUAUAAGCAUACGGUCCUUCGUUUCAGCCUCUCUCUUAUACAGUAUACGCCUCAGAAAAUGAAUUGGACUCACCCACAAUGGAAACUACAUUUCCCAGAAGGCAGCUGGCCCGCUAGUCUCAAUGACUGUACAAGGAAGUCGCACGUGGUGAUGCUCUGCUCUGUGGAAUAACAUGAGCGUUGACGAGGGACACGGAGAAAUGAUAACCUAUCCUGAGGACAAAACAGAGGAGAGUAACUGUGGAAGCCACUGUGAUCAACGGCAAACCCAUACGGUUGCUUACCAGGAAAAGCAAGAUGGGGAAAAUCUCUGGGACACCUUUGGGCUUCUACAGAUUGACCCGGGUUGUGAAAACUCCAGAGAUCAGUUUACAGGGAAUGAGAGUUGUUGUUCGAAAAAUGUUUUGAGGAAACAGAGGCAUUGGGAAAAGAUAGUUUUGGCGAAGAAGAGCAAAAGAAAACAUGAGAGGGAGAGGCGUAAAGCCAGGCGUGCUGAAGAAAAAGGUGCUGCUCUCCAACACAGCAAGUGGGAGCUAAAAGCAAUAGCAAAAGAGCGCCUUCUGGAGGCCAAGGAAACAGGGCCUCGGCUCUGCAUUGAUUUGAGCAUGACAAGCCACAUGACUCAGAAGGAAAUAAGCCGUCUCGCUGCUCAGAUCCGGCGGCUCUACGGGUCAAACAAAAAAGCCCCGAACCCAUUUUGGCUCUAUCUCACUGGAUUUGUGAAAAACAGCCCCAUUUAUGAAGCGUGUGUAAGGAUGAAUGAUGGAUUUGCCAACUAUCUUAUGGAUGUUACCCCAGAAAGUUAUCUAGACCUGUUUCCUUUAGAAACAAUUGUUUACCUCACUCCGGACGCUGAGAAUGCUCUUGAGGAAGUGGAUCCCCAAAAGGUGUAUAUCCUUGGAGGUCUGGUGGAUGAAAGCAUUCAGAAGAGACUCACCUUUCAGAGAGCUCAGGAGGAACAACUGCCAACAGCACGACUGCCCAUCCAAGAGUAUAUGGUAAAGAACAUCAACGCAAAAAACUAUCAUUCGACAACAUUAGCCAUCAACCAAGUGUUUGAUGCCUUAUUGACUUUCCGUGAGACCAAGAGCUGGGUAGAAGCCCUCAAAGCUGCAGUUUCCCCUGGAAAAGGAUAUGUCUUCCAAGACAGAACCUUGUGACAAAAGGAGUCAGUGUCCAAACACAGAAGAAGGUGGCAGCGAGGCAGAUGUCUUCAAUAACAUCCAGCUUGCUUCUGAUUGUCGUGCUUUCUUGAAAAGACUGGGACCAACCACUUCUGCAUUCUUUGUGCGCCUACAUUAGGUGAAGGAAUUAACUUUUUAAAAAUGGCUUCCAUGUUACCAAAAUGCUUGUAAGCCACUGGUAACAAGAUGGUAGUGGAGGAAAAUCUAAUAAACUUCUUUAAAUAAACAAGUAUCCCAUCAUAGGUGGGUGAGUAGCUCUUAGGGGCAAGGGAACUAUUUAGUUUUUUGAUGAGAUCCAUAUUGUGAGAGCAGUUGUUGCUGUAAUACGGCAAAAUGACUGUGUUUUCUUGUAACUUGCUUUGGUUGUUUAGAACAGAAAGAACUCUGCCUUGAUAGAAUAAGUUACACUGUAAAACUCAUGAUAAUGUAAUUGUCUUGCAUUAAAACAUGUUAACAUAAUA